AUGUCAAAAGGGGAGUUUCCAGAAUAUGAAAUGGAUUAUUAUGUUGUGAACAUAACGUACAGAAACAUCACUCAGCAAAGCUCAAUUUAUUUACGAGAGCAUCAUCAGAAUAUUCGACAAAGCUCCUCAUUAUUACCUCACCCUAUCUUGGAUUAUCCGAAAUAUUCCAAACGUUUUAUUGAUUUUUUACAUAAAUUUAUGUAUUUUGGGGUUGAGCUCAUGAAUUCCACAUUGUCUUGUGCGUCCAUUAUUGAUGAUUAUUGGCUUUUAAUCAAAGAAAUUAAAGCUUUUAAUUUACAUUUAUCAAUAAAUAAUCAAAUUGAAAUAUGCUUCGGUGAUAAAUUAUUCACAAAUAUCUAA